UUCGUUUCCAGACCGGAUAACGGAGGUGGACGAGCUUGGAGUUGUUGUUGUUAUUUUUUUUAAUUAUUAUUUAUUCCUCGUUUUUGGGAGACCCGCCACCGGGCAUGGAGGAUGUAAAAGACCCACCGACCGUUCACCGGUCCUCCUCCUUCAGCAUCAAGAGCCUCCUGCUGCCCUCCAAGUGCGACAGACCGGACUCCGUCGCUGCCGCCGCCGCUGCGGUCGUCGGCAUCUCCGGGACACUCUCUCCUUCCCCGGGCUCCGACUCUGAGAAGUCGCUGGACCCAGCGGAGGUGGACUCCACGGCCGCGGGUCUGGACCCGGAGAAACCGGGCAAGGAGGAGCAGGGGGACGAGGAGGAGGAGGGCGGAGGGGGAUGCGGAGGAGGGGACGGCGCUAAGGCCACACCGGAGCAGAACACAAACGGUAAUAAUAGCGGGAAAAACGGAAAAUAUGACAAGCCCCCGUUCAGCUACAACGCCCUGAUCAUGAUGGCCAUCCGGCAGAGCCCCGAGAAGCGGCUCACGCUGAACGGCAUCUACGAGUUUAUCAUGAAAAACUUCCCGUAUUACCGGGAGCACAAGCAGGGCUGGCAGAACUCCAUUCGGCACAACCUGAGCCUCAAUAAGUGCUUCGUUAAGGUGCCCAGGCACUACGACGACCCGGGGAAGGGGAACUACUGGAUGCUGGACCCGAGCAGCGAUGAUGUUUUCAUCGGGGGGACAACCGGAAAGCUCCGAAGGCGCUCCGCCACAUCCCGGGGCAAGCUGGCGAUGAAACGCGGGCUGCGCUUCGCUCCUCUCGGCUUGGGGAUUAACGAGCGGGCGAACAACCCGCUCUACUGGCAGAUUUCUCCGUUUCUCUCCCUGCACCAUCACCACCACCAUCACCCGCACUACAACGGAUCCUCACCCGGGUUUUUGAACCAAGCGGCCGGCUACGGGUCGUUGCUGCCCGCAGUGGAACAGCUGAGCAACGGGGACCUGGGGCGCUCCAUCCUCGGCGGGUCAGCCGCCGGGGCGCUGGGCUUGACGAACAGUUACGGGAUGAGUACGUCGCCGGUCGGGCUGCUGUCCAGUCAGACUGCCGGGUAUUUUGUCUCAGGGACGCAACACGCUGCUGCAGGGGCACCGGGGCCGCCGGGAGGAGGACCGCCGCCUCCUCCGCCGCAUCUCCAGCAGGGCGCACCGGGGUUCGGCGGCCUGGCGACCAGCAGCUCUCCGCAGUCUCUGCUGUCGGACUCCCUUAGAAACAGCUCCCUACCGGCCUUCUCCCCGGGCGUGUCCGCGGGGUUCCCCGGGGUGCUGUCCCAUCAAAAGAGGGUGACUCCAAACGCUUUCCUAAACUGAACUCCCCCCCUCCCUCACCCUCCUCCCCUAUCACCAUCACCUCUCCGCGGAUGGCACCGGGACGAGGACGCACAAGAGACGUCAUGUUAAGGGCAAAUAAUAAGUGGUAAAUAUCAAACAUUGAUCGCAAAAAAUAUAUAUGAAGUGAAACUUUUUGGCCAUAUUCUGCCCCGAAGAGCAACGGGUUUACUUUGAUUUUGUUUUUUCGCAUUUUAUUGAAAAAGGGACAAACUUUUGUUACCCGCGGGUUGUACAACUGUAAACUAGACUUGCCAAAGGUAACACUUUAAGUAUAUUUCAAGCUAUUUAUAUCUUGUACAAAGAUUUUCAGUACUU